AUGGCAAACCCCACCAUCCUCAUUGUCCCAGGCUCGUUUGCCGGGCCCGGCAUAUACGACAAUAUCGUUACUUUACUGCGUAAACAAGGGUAUCCCGCCUUUGCCGUCCAACUUCCCUCUACACAGAAGAGAAUGCCACUUGAGCCAGCAGGCAUGCAGGAAGAUGCAAGUGUGAUCAGGAGGGCGGCGGAGGCGUUGCUUGCGCUGGGUCGAGAAAUCAUUGUUCUGUGCCACAGCUACGGCGGCACACCGGCGACCGAGGGCCUGGCUGGACUCGCGGUCAAGCGCAUCAUUUAUUUGACUGCUAUUGCGCCGAAAGUCGGGCAGAACCAUGUUGAAGCUAUGGCGCUGCCGGAGGGGUUUUUGCCGGAGAGUACUGGCGGAUACAUGCACAUGGACGCAGUGCAAAUGGCUGGUGCAAUCCGCAACGAUCUCCCCUAUGAAGAAGCAUACCCAUUCGCACUCCAACUUCCAUAUCACUCGGCCAUCAGCUUCCAGGAGCCUAUCACGCAGGCUGCGUACAAAACAAUUCCUGUGAGCUACAUUGUGUGUGAACGGGAUAUGAUUAUCAACCCGGACACGCAGAGGCGGUUUAUCAAGACGAUUGAAGAGGAGAGUGGGAGGGAAGUCGACGUUUUUGGUUUGGAUAGUGGGCAUUGUCCGAAUUGGAGUCAGCCGGAAAAAUUGGUGGAGAUUAUCGUUACGAAUGCGGAUAAACAGUGA